GCUACAAAAAGUAAUCACGAUAACCAGUAAUCAAGCUACGUUUGUAAUCUGCGAUCAUAAGUCGGUAAUUUCGAAUUAAAUGGAAAUUACUUUAGUUUUGAUUAGAACAGGUGUCCAAACUAUUCUACGACUAAACCCAAAGAUAAAUAUGUUCUAUGCUACUAUUAAAAGAAGACGAAGCUGGUGGACAUCCCUAUUUUAGGAAUGACGAAGAUCGACAACGAGCCAUAUCAAGACCGAGCGAAACAGAUAAUCGCAGCAUCGGCGUAGUAGAUAGGUACAUAGAGUGGGGAUGUCAACACAGCUUUAGCCUUCUUUUCGCAGACACAGAAAGUAUAUUCUACAGCCAGAUAACAGCAAAGCAGGUCAUCUUUUGCUGUUUACAAACAGGUACAUUGUUUCUCCUCUGCCUUUUAUAUCGGGCUUAACAAGGGACAUGGCAUGGAGUUGCAAUGGAACCACGAAUCAGGAAAUGGUAGAAAAACUAAAAGAAGCUGGUAUUCUAACAACAGACAAGACAGUGGAAACUAUGCUUGCUGUUGACAGAGCAAAGUAUUUUCAUGGACCGGACCCCUAUCUUGAUCGACCAAGGAAAAUUGGAUUUAACGUGACAAUUAGUGCUCCCCAUAUGCACGCGUACGCGUUGUCCAUUCUGUCCGAUCAACUAUGCGAUAAUGCAAAAGCGCUGGACGUUGGCUCUGGGUCUGGAUAUUUGUCAGCUUGUAUGGCAUACAUGGUGGGCCCUAACGGUCGCGUGGUCGGUAUCGAUCACAUUCCCGAACUAGUAGAAAUGGCCACGAAAAACGUACGCGAGGAUUUUCCUCAUUUCUUCAAAGAGGGCCGUAUUAAAUUCGUCGUGGGAGACGGCAGGUUGGGAUAUGCUGCUGACGGACCCUACAACGCGAUUCACGUUGGAGCAGCUGCAUCGACUUUACCGCAAAAGUUGAUAGAUCAACUAGCUCCCGGAGGACGACUAGUUUGUCCCGUUGUCAUUGGAGGUUUCCAAAGGCUUCAACAUUUGCUUCAAGUGGAUAAGAAUGCCGACGGCACGGUCACGCAGAAAAAGUUAAUGGACGUUUCUUAUGUUCCUCUAACCGAUUCUGCUACUCAAUUAAAUAACGAUUAUUAGUUUAACUAUUUUAAAGAUUUAGAAAUGAUUUAGUUAGUUCCCAACGCUUUAAGAUGACUGUCGACGAUAAUGAAAAUCGUAGACAAGAUUCGAAUUAAUAAGGUACUUUCCUUUUCCAUCCAUAGGACGAUGCUAUUGAAACAGCGAUUUUCUGAUAAAAACGUGUGUCAAUAAAAUAUAUUUUCUGUAUCUCCCUGUUACAUUCUUAAAUUACUAAACUUGGGAGAUAAAAGGAAUCAAUGUUCCUUCGAUCUCCACGUUUAGUUUUGUCAAACAAUUAUUUUAU